AUGCGCCUACCUCGAUGUCAGGAGACUGAACCUGCAGGCAACGGAGGGAGUUCGGAAGAUGGGAAUCCCAGAACCGAACCUUAUAUCGUGGCACGCAACCAACUUCUUGCUCAUGCAGCUGCUGUGAAACUAUACAUGGACAACUUUCAGCUUUGGAAAGAUCGAAACAAAAAAAGCUUUGAUAACAUUGACAUCCCACCGCUUACCAGUGCCAAGACUAUUAUUGCUUAUGCCCAAGAAAUUGUGGAUGCUUUUAAGUCCCCUCUCACUAAUGGCUCGACAAGAACUUGUCUUAAUUCUUGGUCUAACCCAUCUGCAGGAAAUGUCAAACUGAAUACGGAUGGAUGCUGGUAUGAAUCGAAUGGAACAGGAGGGUUUGGAGGAUUAUUUAGAAAUCAUAUGGGAGAUUGGAUCAUGGGAUACUAUGGCAAGCGAAGCUUUCAUUCAAGCUUGGAGGCAGAGCUAUGGAGUAUAUACAAGGGGCUGGAAGUCAUACUAGAAAGGAAGUUGGAAAAUGUGAAGAUUGAAUCUGACUCUCUCGUAGCGGUGAACCUCACCAUGGAAGGAAACCCAGGCAACCACCCCCAGAGUGUGCUGAUCAAUGAAAUCCAUGCCCUUCUGACUCAGACUAACACUACGAUUGGGCAUAUCUAUCGUUCGGCCAAUCAAUGCGCCGACCACCUUGCCAGGAUGGGUGCGGAACGCACAGAAGAGCUCGUGUUUGUUAUGGACAUGCCCAUCGCGAUAAGGGAAUUUGUAAUUAGAGAUAGCCUGAAUAUCAGGCAAGUGCUUGACUAG